UUUCUUUGGUUUGAGAGUGAUUUAAGCAUAUGCAUGUUAAGGUUGUGUUUUAAUUUUGGUAACACAUUAUCAUCUUGAAGACACGAUGCUGAACUUGUAGACGUAAUUGUUAACCGCGUUAACACAUUACUGGACUAUAAAGACUUAUUUAUUACCGAAUAUCCAGUUGGAUUAGAGUCCCGCGUGGAAGACGUGAUUAAAUGUAUUGAAAAUCAAUCCAGCAAAGUGUGUAUGAUAGGAAUAUGGGGAAUGGGAGGAUCAGGUAAAACAACCAUAGUCAAAGCCAUCUACAAUCGAAUUUAUCGUCAAUUCAUUGGAAAGAGUUUUAUUGAGAAUAUUCGUCAUGAAGGGUAUAUUGCUUUGCAAGAAAAUCUUCUUUCUGAUGUCCUCAAAUCCAAGUUCAAGGUGAAAAGCGUUGGGAUGGGAAGAACUAUGAUCCAGAAUAGAUUUUCGCGAAAAAAGUUGCUCAUUGUGCUUGAUGAUGUGAAUGAGUUUGCCAAAUUAGAAAACCUAUGCGGGAGUCGUGAAUGGUUCGGUCAAGGAACUGUGAUAAUCAUUACUACUAGAGAUUUUCAGUUGUUGAAACAACUCAGAGUUAAUUAUGUUUAUAAAAUGCAUCUUUUGAACGAAAAUGAGUCACUUGAGCUUUUUAGUUGGCAUGCAUUUAGAGAUGCAAUACCUAAAAAAGAAUGGAGUGAACUCGCAAGAAACGUCGUUGUUUAUUGUGGAGGACUACCGCUAGCUCUUGAGUUCCUUGGUUCCUAUUUAUGUGAUAAGACAAUUGAAGUGUGGAAAAGUGUAUUAUUGAAACUACAAAGAAUUCCCCCGGAUGAACUUCUGAGUGUAUUAAAAAUAAGUUUUGAAGAUUUACAUGAUGCGGAAAAGAAUAUAUUUCUGGAUGUAUGUUGUUUCUUUAUUGGCAAAGAAAGAGAGUAUGUGACAGAGAUAUUAAAUGGGUGUGGACUAAAUGCUGAUAUUGGAAUAACAGUUCUCAUAGAGCGUGGCCUCAUAAAAGUUGAAAGGAACAACAAACUUCAAAUGCAUCCUUUGUUACAAGAGAUGGGAAGAGAAAUUAUUCGUCAAGAAUGCCCAGAGAAACCGGGAAAAAGGAGUCGAUUGUGGUUUCAGGAUGACGUAGAAGAUGUACUGAAAGAGAAUACUGGGACAGAAGCUAUAUUGUCCCUGAAAUCUGAUUCCAGCAUUGGAGAUUGCUUGGAAUCUCGUGCUUUCAAGGAAAUGAAGAGACUAAGACUGCUACAACUUGAUCAUGUACAGCUUAGUGGAGAUUUAGGGCACAUUUCUAAACAACUAAGAUGGAUUUGUUGGCGAGGGUUUCGUUAUAGAUACAUUCCAAAGAACUUUCAUUUGGAAAAUGUAAUUGCAAUUGAUUUAAAACGUAGUCUUCUCCAUCUGGUCUGGCAAGGACGCGUGGUUUUAGAGCGGUUAAAAUUCCUUAAUCUCAGUCACUCCAAGUACUUGAAAGAAACACCUGACUUUUCAGGACUACCAAGUCUUGAACAACUCAUUCUAAAAGAUUGUGCAAGAUUGCGCAAGGUACACCCAUCCAUUGGUGUUCUGUCCAACAUACGAGUAAUAAAUUUGGAGGACUGCACAAGUCUAAGAUAUCUCCCAAGAGAGAUAUAUAAGUUGAGAUCUUUAAAAACUCUCAUCCUCUCUGGUUGUUCGAAUCUUAGGUCACGGGAAAAGAUAUAAUGCAGGUGGAAUCCUUUUUAACUAUAAUUGCUAAGCAAAUACAACACUGAAACAAACGUCCUUUUAAAUUGUAAGCUAUAAAAUUACAAAUAUAAAAAUCCCUAUGUUAUAUUUGAAGGAUUAUUGGAAAAUGUUUGCUUUGAUACUCUACUUGUCAUCUUAUUUACUUUAUGUUUUUUUGGUUUUAGUUGUUGAAUAAAGUUUUUUAGGAAAAAUAAAUGUUCCUAAACUUCGGGAGAAUAAUAACAGUGAAUUAGU